CUGUCAGUACUUCACUAACAAAUUAUUAGAACCGAAAUAAUUGCAAGUGCUUUGUUUCUUACAUUUUCCUCACACAUUAAAAAUCCUAUCCCAACUCAACGUUUUCCACGCUUUUGUUCUGUAAAUCCUCGGUGUCUCUUGCAGUCUUGCUCGACCUUGUAAAACGCCCACUGGACUGAGUUCUACAGGGUUCAACUUCACUUUGUAAGUGAUGGACGAAAAGUGAUAGAUUUAUAUGAGCGUAAACUGUUCAGCACUCACAGAAGUCAACAAUUCACCUGGCGAUUUUGCACUUGGAUACAUGAAAAAUGCUACCUACAUUUCUCAUCUCUCCAGUUGGUAUCAAUAUUCCGAAGCUUGUGGUGCAUAAAGAAGUUCAUUCAGGCCUACUAAUAGUUUAGAGUUGAUUGCACUGUAUCAUAUAUAAACUCUAGUUAUGAAUAAUUCACCAAACUACGGUUGUUGGAGGAGUCCGGAUUGCCUGAUAGAAACUAAGGAGGAGCACUUUCCGGCUAAUAAUGGAUUACAUUCCCAGGAAAAGGCAUUACUGAAAAUUCUUCACCCACGGGAUUUAUUCCUUCAUUGGUGGAACAAAAUAUUUGUAGUGUCGUGUGUAAUUGCAGUAUCAUUGGAUCCUUUGUUCUUUUACAUUCCUGUGACCAAUGAAGAUAACAAGUGCAUUAGGUUAGACAAAAAGUUGAGGGCCACAGCUAUUGUUUUGAGAUCGAUGACUGAUAUCAUUCACAUAGUUCAUAUGAUUUUGCAAUUUCGCACUGGUUUUAUAGACAAGGCCUCUCGGAAAUUUGGAAAACCUGUGUUAGUUAAAGAUGCUAGGAAAAUAGCUAGGAGGUAUUUCUGGCCAUAUUUCGUGAUUGACAUUCUCGCUAUUCUUCCCAUCCCACAGGUUGUUGUUUCAGUUAUCUUUUCAGCGAGAGGCGUGAAAUAUUUGAAUACAAGAAAGUUGAUGAACUCUAUUCUUCUCUUUCAAUAUGUGCCACGAAUUCUUCGAAUCUACCUAUCCUGGAGGGAACUUACGAGGAGUGCCAGAAAGUUUGCUAAAACCUCUGUAUGGGUCAAAGGUUUAUUCAAUUUCUUUCUGUACAUCCUUGCCAGCCAUGUAUUGGGAGCCUUUUGGUAUUUCUUUUCAAUUCAAAGAGAAAUGGCUUGUUGGGACAUAGCCUGUGAAAAUCAUCCAAGAUGUGUCCACAGUUCUUUAAACUGUGAUCACAGUUCAGGAAACUACACAUUCCUAGAUGAUUUUUGCCCUAUAAAAACAACAAAUACGACACUAUUUGAUUUUGGAAUAUAUCUUGAUGCCCUUCAGUCAGGUGUUGCAGAGUCCACAGACUUUCCACAAAAAUUCUUUCAGUGUUUUUGGUGGGGCCUGCGAAAUCUAAGUUCUCUUGGUCAAAACCUCCAAACAAGUGACUAUAUUUGGGAAGGCUGCUUCGCAAUUUUUAUUUCUGUUGCUGGCUUGCUACUAUUUUUAUAUCUCAUUGGAAAUGUGCAGACAUAUAUGCAGUUGGCAACUACAAGGUCGGAGGAGAUAAGAAGGAAGAUGACAUUGAAAGAAAUAGAUAUAGAAUUAUGGAUCUCAAAGAAUGAUCUCCCUCAGUAUAUAAAUGAAGAGAUCAUGCAGAGUGUAAAAGACAUACUAGAAGGUGACAAAGAUGCUAAUGUAGAAAGUCUGCUUCUUAGUGUUCGCAAGAAAUCUAAUAUAAAGCGCCAUCUAUGCUUGGAUAUGCUAAAGAGAGUUCCCAGGUUUCAAAACAUAAACAAUCAACUUUUGCUAGUGUUUCUCGACCAUCUCAAGCCAAUGCACCACAGUGAGCACAGCUAUAUUUUUCGAGAGGGAGAACCACUCGAUGCAAUGCUCUUUGUCACGCAAGGCAUUGCAUGGACCUAUACAAGUAGUGGUGGUGAUAAAAGUGAGUGUCUUGGUAAAGGUCAAUUCUAUGGUGAAGAAAUUUUAGAAUGGGGUUUCAAAGCCCUCUCCUUAACCGACUUAUCCAACCUCCCCAUCUCGCCCAAGACUGUUAGAUGCCAUACAAAAGUUGAAGCUUUUGCUUUAAGGGCUAGUGACCUCAAGACUAUACUCACUCAAAACUGGUGGCAGCUUAGCAAGAUGCUCAGCCACAUCACUGGAUCUAACUUGGAGAGGUGGAAACCUUUAGCAGCCUCAUCUAUACUAGCAGCCUGGCGCCGCAGCCCCCGCUAUCGUGCCUGGCAACGAAGCCACCGCCAUCAUGAAGAUGUGCUUAUAAAGUCCACCCAGUGGCUUACGGGACGGGAACUCACCGAGUUUGUGUAAGACCACUUACGCCUCAAUGUGUGGUACUAAUUCCCUUUCAUGCUGAAUAAAAAUCCUAUGCCGCUCUGGGCUCUGACUAUUCUAUUUUGGUGCCAAACCAUGUAAAUUGUAAUGAUUGGCAAUUGAAUACACUACUGGUUUUCCAGUGAUUGGCUUGCUAGUGUUUUCAGUGAAUGACUAGAGUAGGAAACAAAAAAUUAAACUUCUUAAAUAAUGUAUGAUACUGUCAAUUAUUUGUGAAAUGUAUGAUUUUGAAUUUUUCCCCCUUCAA